AUGGAUGAACGUGCAUCGACCUGCUCUCCUAGGCAGACCUUUCUGGGGAAACUCAAGAGAAACAUGAUGGUUCAGACGUCAAAGAGGAAGCGUAAGCAUGAAACUGAGGCCAGGAGGAAAUUUGGUGCCAGUUCUAAAAUCCCCAUAAGGUUGACCAGCUGUAUUUUCCAGAGGCCAGUUAGCAGAAUCACUUCCCACCCAGGCAAUGAGGUCCGAUGCAAUCAAUGGGAGGCGAAGUUGAAGAAGUGCCAAUGGGUGUGCACAUACAGGCGACUGCAAGGACUCCAGGCCUGCAGCACCACAGGAGAGCUGUUCAGUACUUUGGACUUCUCAGAUGCAUCACAAAUAAUUGCACUAGGUAGUCCAGUUAAUGAUGUAGGUCCAUUAACCUACACGGAACCCACUCCAGUCCAGUACUCAAAUGUGGCAGAGAUCAUCCCAGGUGUGGGCAUGUGUCUCUCACAUAUUCUCAGUGGGCAAUUGGUGACUCCUGUAGAUAUCAGGAGACAGACACAGAAAGUCAAGAAAGCAAGGGAGAGACUGGCUCUGGCCUUGAGGGCAGACAGACUUGCCAGGGAGGCAGAGAGAGCCAGGAGUCAAGAGGGACGUCCUGAAAACUAG